AUGAAAGGUGGAAGGAGAGGGCAAUUACUCAUUGUGGGAGGUGUGGAGGGGGUGGUUACCCAUCAUGGGAGAACCCUAACUGUAUCCGCACUAGGAGCUGACACAUUUGAGGGAACAACACUAGCAGUCAUCGGAGGCGACUCGGUCGCAGCAAUCGCCGCCGUGAUUUCACUCGCAGAACCCGAGACGCGCCGACAGUUGCAGGCGGAGGAGGUUGUCGGUGCUGGUGCAGUGAAUAAGGUGUACAAGGGAUUUGAUCAAGAAGAAGGAAUGGAUGUGGCAUGGAACCAAGUAAAACUAAGAAGCUUCGGUGGAGAUCCAUCUGUUCUCAAGAGACUCUUUUCAGAAAUCAAACUGUUACAGACAUUAGAGAAUGAAAACAUCAUUGUUCUUUACAGUUUCCGGAAGGAUACUAAAAACAGCACCUUAAACUUCAUCACAUAUGCAUGUGCUUCAGCUAUAUGUUUCAAUGGGUCACAGUUUCGUCCAUUGAUACCCUUGUUAGAAGCCAUGCCAAAGGAACUUGGUACUAGCCUGCAUGAUAUGCUUAAUCUGAUCACAGUUAAAUACAUUGAGCAUAUCGAGAAGAACCACAUGGAACCCGAAGAAUGUUACUUCCUUAUUUUGUCAGAAUAG